CCCAAGGUCAAAGUAUCAUAAGAUGGCGGCUUUUCUGGGUCUCGGAAAGACAAUGGUGUGAUAAUGCUAAAGCUGCUACAAAACAGGCGAUUGGCGCCGUGAUCGAAGCAAUAUGUGAGGAAUUCUUAUUUAAAAUGUGUUAAUUUCAUUUGGAAUUUUAUUCUUAGCGCAAGUUAAUGGCUUUAUUUGGGGUAUUUUUGACUUUCUUAACACUUGAUGGAUUAAUGUACCCCAAAGUUUCCAAAACACCUCCCGUGUUGGUGUUUGUAUUGAAUGGACACCACGUUAAGAUAAGAGCAUCUGCUGAUGCCUAGUGCAUUUUUGUCACUUUCAUCUUCGAUGGCAUCGCGAAAAACCAAUGUUUACAAUACGAAAGGUAGCAAUGAGAAGUAUUGGACAGCUAUUUUUGAUUAUGAAGCAAAAAGGGAGGAUGAGUUGACAUUACGGAAAGGUUGCCAAGUUGAGGUCCUGUCCUAUGACUCCCACAUCUCUGGAGAUGAGGGGUGGUGGACAGGGCGGGUUGGCAACAGUGUUGGGAUAUUCCCCAGUAACUUUGUCACCAAUAACCUAAACUUCAGCUUUCCGGAGGAGAAAGUUAUCCCUGACAGACCAUUUGAAAUUGAUUUCAAUGAGUUACAGCUUGAGGAAGUCAUUGGAAUCGGAGGUUUCGGAAAAGUGUAUCGGGGUUUGUGGAAAGGAGAAGAGGUGGCUGUGAAGGCAGCCAGACAUGACCCCGAUGAACCUGUUAGUGCAACAAUUGAAAGUGUUAGACAAGAGGCAAAGGUGUUUUGGCUCUUAAAUCAUUCAAAUAUUGCUUCUUUGAAAGGAGUGUGUUUAAAAGAACCUAAUUUAUGUCUUGUGAUAGAAUAUGCUGCUGGUGGAUCGUUAAAUCGUGUUUUAUGUGGUCGGAGAAUUCCUCCAGAAAUUUUGGUGCAAUGGGCCAUUCAAAUUGCAAGGGGUAUGCACUACCUUCAUGAAGAAUCUCCAAUACCUUUGGUGCAUCGUGAUCUGAAGUCAAGCAAUAUCUUAUUAAAGGAAAAGAUAGAAAAUGAUAACCUCCAAAACAAAACCCUCAAGAUCACUGAUUUUGGUUUGGCAAGGGAGGUUUCCAAGACAACCAGGAUGAGUGCGGCUGGGACAUACGCGUGGAUGGCCCCCGAAGUAAUCAAAACCUCCACCUACUCCAAGAAUAGUGAUGUCUGGAGCUAUGGUGUUGUCCUGUGGGAGCUGUUGACAGGAGAAACGCCGUACAAGGGGAUCGAUGCCCUGGGGGUGGCGUACGGAGUGGCCGUCAACAAACUGACCCUCCCCAUACCCUCCACCUGUCCAAACCUCUUCGCACAACUCAUGUCUGAUUGCUGGCAUCAAGAGUCUCAUCAGAGGCCUACUUUUGCGGAAAUCCUUCGUCGGCUGGAUGAAAUAUCCACCUCGCCCUUUAUGACGACCCCUCAGGAAAGCUUCCACACCAUGCAAGAGGACUGGAGGCAGGAAAUUGAGGAAAUGUUCAACGAACUUAGGAGCAAGGAAAAGGAGCUGAGGAGUCGUGAGGAGGAGCUAACAAAGGAGGCACUGAAACAGAAGAAGGUGGAGGAGUUUCUGUACAAGCGAGAGCAGGAGCUGAAGGAGAGAGAGAUUGAAUUAGUGGAGAGAGAGCUCAACAUUAUGAUCCUUCAGCAAAUCAUGGGCAACCCCAAACCCAGGACCAGGAAGGGCAAAUUUAAAAAGAGCCGCCUUAAGUUGCUCAAGUCUGGUGGCUCUUCCAUUAGUGAACCUUCUGACUUUCGACACAACAUCACAGUAAAACAUGAAGUUCCCAUCCAGAAUCACAAUCCCUCGAGUCCUGACAGUCCGCCUCAGUCACCGACAUCGUAUACACCCUCACGACUGAGGGCCAUAGCCUAUCCAGCUGAUGGGGUCAAAGGUCGUACCUGGGGACCAAGCUCUGUCAAAAAUGAACGGCACCAAAGAACAUCAGUCAUUUUUGCAGAUGGACGUUGGUCAAAGAGUGCUCCUAACUUAGAAAGAUCUCUAAAGAAUUUAGGACAUUCCAAUACAGGGGCACUUAAUUCUCUGUAUGGAGAUGAAAACGACUGGCCAACAGAUCUGUCAGAUAUUAAGAAUAAAAACAUUCCAUACUGCAGUGCCGAUUUUUCAAGACUCGUGAAAAAAUCAGAAAGUAAAACUGAGAGUGCUUUAUUCAAUAUGACAGCUAUGGUGGUUGGUAUUGUGACCGGUUGUGAUAUUACAUCUCUUAGUCCACUCACAUCAAGGGAUGAGACCAAGAAUCGUAAGAAGCGGGACUCGUAUAUCCUGAAUCGCAGAGAUGCUUACAAUGCAGCUGUGCGUGAUUCGUUUCUUGACAGUGAGGACAGUAUUUCGAGUCGAUUCACUUCGCCGUCAGGAUAUCCCCACCAUACAUACCACGGCUAUCAAGCACGUCAAAGACCUGCUUUAAAUUUAGAUGUGCCAAUUCGAUUUACUGAGGAGCAGAGUAUUCCACAGUUUUAUUCUCAGACUCCUACUUUUCAAUCUACAAGUACAAUAGAUUCAGAUGUGACAGUUCAGCGAAGAUCUCUGUACGAUAGUAAUGCCAGUACGCUGGUGUCUAGCUCCCCAAGUCACACAACACUGAAAAGACAGUCCUCGGAUAGCAGUACCAGUAACUAUGAUACCCCACGUACCUCUAGAAACCUGCAAAGACACUCUGUCACAUUUGAAGACGAAUAUACCAGCAACUACAAAUCAUACAACUCCCAGAACAAGCAGUCUCCCCCAAAUACCUCAAAUUUGUACUACGAUCACAACCCCACGAGUCAGUAUACCCAGCAAGAGGCCAGUAACCCUUGGGGCAAUGGAGCCCCACCCAGGCCUCCCCCUUAUGUCAGUGAUGUACCACCCCCAGUUGUGCCUAGAGACUACCACUCGAGACAGCAGGAGGACUCAGAACCACCCCCACCUAUACCCCCAAGGAGGAAGUUCAACAAUCUAAAUGGGGACGCCCAUGCUGAGAGACCAAAAACUCUGGAUAUGGGCCCCCGGAACAGACCUCGCCUUCCACCCCCUCCCCCACUCCCCACCCCUCAAAGAAAUGACACGAAUACGAAUGAAUACCCGACUCAAUGGAUUGAGAAGAGUGAACUAGACACGCCGUAUUAUUCGACCCGGUCCAGUUUAUCCCCAGGGCACACUCCCCCGCAUAUCACUCACCACACGACUCUGCUGGACAUCGACGUGGACGGACAGAGUAACGACAGCACCAGGCCCCUCCUACGACAGAACGCAAAACAUAUCUUUGAAUUUGGUCAGGAAAUGCUGUAUUAAAAAUUUGUACAUUACUUAUAUCAGGACACAAAAAAUUUAUGAUGGUUAUAUAUGAUUUUGAUUUUGUUAAAGCAAAAAAAAAAAAUAUUCUGUUUAAAGCGUUCUUAUGAUGAGGAACAAAGUGUGUUUUGUAAGGAUUUUUUAUUCACCCCCUCACUCAGUAUUUUUAAUCAUGUAGUUCUUGUUGAGCAAAUGUGUUUUGACAAAAUGUGCUUUACAAAUCACAGUGCAUUUCUAAAAUUUAUCACUCAAAAGAAUGUACAGAAGGAUGCCUUGUGUAUAUGAGUUUUUAUAGAAAAUUGUCUCUGUUAUACAUGUAUUAUAAUAUUUGUAAAUAUGAAAAGUUUAAAAUAUGAUAUUUUUACCUUUUUAUUUAUCACAUCUUGAGUGUGUCUCUUCCAUUUCGUUGUGUUUUGUUUAUUGAAAGUUUUUAUGCCCAUUAUCCAUUAAGUUAUGUAGAUGUUAUAUGUAGAAUUCUAGAAAUUCAAAAUGUGAUAUAUAUAUAUUUAAUACAAUGUAAAUCCAGAACGUCAAGUACAAAAAAAAAAAUUAAUAAAUUUUUAAUUUGUUGUAAACUGAUGAGCAACAAUUCAACAGAAAAUGAUGAUUUUAUUUUUUUAUAUGCAGUAACUUAUAGAAUACAGGCAUUUUAUACAUAAGUAGAUUUUUUUAAAAACGAACAUUUUUAGUUUAAUAUCUUGAAACUAUCCAAAUCUUUGUGCCAUGGAAAAUAUGAGUUUAUUUUUACUUUAUACCAGAGAUUUGUGGUUUAUCAGAUUGCUGCACUUUAAAGAGUGUGCAUCUUAUAAGGUUGAUAGAUUAAGAAACCAUUGUAUUAACCAAUAAUUAUGUCCAAAAAAUAAAUAUUACUUAAAAAAUGUUCAUAAAACCAUUUUCAAUUAUAUGCAAAGUGACAAAUACGCAGAUAUGCCAAAAAUUUGAAAUAUGUUCAUCAUUUAAAUUUUUGUAUUAGAACCUGGAAUUGGGGUUUUGUUAAAGUGUCAAUAUAACAUGAUUUUAUUAUUACAUAGUGCAAAUUACAUUAAAAGAAAUGAGUACUUUCAGUUUCAAGAAAAAACGUUUUACAUGCAUUGCUAAUUUUUUUUCAAUUUGAUCAGUGGAAAUUCUGCAGGAAAAAACUGUGGAAACAAAAAUUUAAAAAUGCAGAACAUCAUAUAUUGUUCAAGUAGGAAAAAUGAUCAAAGAUAAAUAAUAGGCAAACACAUCUAGCAAUUCCUUUGUGGGAUCUAGUUUUAACAUUUACCGGUGGUAUUUUAAAAAUCCUUAUUCUUUAAACAUUAGAUAUCUUUGAUUAUUAAGGUGCUUGAUUUACUGAAAAGUCCCAGAUAUCUUAGCAAAUAAUUGAUGAGUAGGUUAUGUGACAUACCAAUUUAUAAUAACUCAAUUUCCUUCAUGAAGUAGAAUCUCUUUCAUUCACUUCUUUUUUUGAUAGAUAAAAACCUAGUUCUAAACUUGAACAUGUACAUGUUUAUAUGUUUGCAUGUUUUUCAGGCAUUCUUUUUUAAAGAUUUUGCAUGAAAGUACUGCUGUGGAUAUAUUUUGGGUCGAUACUUUUCAUUUGAACAUAAUAGGAUUUAGGCAAUUUAAGUUGGCAUUGGAUAAAAUAAUGAACUAGUAAAUGAUUCCCAAGUUUUUAAAAAAAAUUUAACAAUCUAUGUCUUUGAUUUACAUGUAAUUUUGUAAAGCUUUAAGAUAUAGAGACAGAAAAACAUGAGACUAUAGCAUAAGCAACACAAAUAUUUUCAGUAAUUUUUGUUUUAAAAAAAUGAUUUAAAAUAAGAUACUUGUAGAUGAUAUGAUAUUUGACAUAUAUGUUGAGAUAUUGUUGAAAAAAAUUUGAAUUUAUUCUGAUGGAUUUUUUUUUAAAUGAUAGGAUAGAGUAAAUAUACAAUAUAUGCAUUGUUAAUGGAUUUCUCUGGUAUCAUGUGGGCUAUAACUGAAUCAUGAAAUGUAAAGCCCAUUAAGCCCAUUUUUUUUAGUUACAUUAAUGCAAUCUUGUUACAGUUUGCAAUAUUUGGGUAGAAGGAUGUUCAAAAUAGACUGUCCUCUGCAUGUACCAAACCCCUCUGUCCUGUGUACAAAUCUACUUGUAAUUGACAGCAAACUUCUCUACCUAAACUGUUUACGCAUGCAAAGAAAGUUCCAGUUUCGGAUUAUUAAUAUAUACAUGUAUUACUGCUCCAAUGUUUUCUGUACAUGCAUCAUUUUCCACAAUUUCCAUUUUGAUUUCAGAAUGUAGUAAUCACUCAUUUAAAUGAAAGCAUUGGAAACAUUUCAUUUAUUCAUCCUCUUGAUGAAAUUUUUAUUUUCAAAUAAUUGUUACGCAAUGAAAUUUAUUGAAGAUUACUGAAUUGAUAGAGCUAUAUAUAUAUAUCUAUAUAUAGAUAGAACUAGUUUGCAGAGAAUGUACAGGGCAUUUUCAUUACUACCUCGUCAAUAAAUUUAGGCUGCUUAAAUUUGAGAUUUGUUAGCACGAAAUUUUUUAAGUAAAGGGGUUACAUGUAUCAAUCUAGAAACAUUGAAUUUCAAUGGAACUGUAUCUUGCAAUCAACAGACUGGUAGCUUAUAUUAAUAGCCUCACAUCAGACCAAAUCCAUUCAGUAUGCAUUUGUGACUAGAGUUUGUCUCAAAACAUGAACAAUGUAUUGUAUGAUAUAUAAAAUACACUAUAUAUAUAUAUUUGACAAGUAAAAAAAAUUGAUACAAUUUAA